GCGUCACGGCGCUGUGACGUCAGCGCCGCGCGCGGCGGGGCCGCCAUGGCCGCCAUGGGGGAGGCGGCGCGGCCGCGGGCGCUGUUCCUGGCCGGGCUGGCCGCGGUCUACAUCGCCGCCUUCGGCUCCCUCUACGUGCAGAUCCCCGGGCUGUACGGGCGGGAGGGGAUCCUGCCGGCGCGCCGGGUGCUGCGGCUCGGCGGGAAGGGGCUGUGGGAGCAGCUGCGGGACUCGCCCACGCUGCUGUGGCUGAGCCCGCGCCUGGGGCUGGACACGGAGCAGGGCAUGGAGCUGCUGUGCCUGCUGGGCAUCGUGGCCGCCCUGGGAGCGCUGCUCUGCGACGCCCUGAGGGACUGCCUGGUGUUUGCCCUGCUCAGGGUCCUCUACCUGUCGCUGUACCAGGUGGGGCAGGUGUUCCUGUACUUCCAGUGGGACAGCCUGCUGCUGGAGGCGGGGUUCCUGGCCGUGCUGGUGGCCCCGCUGCGCCUGCUGCGCCGGGGGUCCCCGGGCUGGCGGCCCCACGACGCCGUCACCUUCUGGGCCGUGCGCUGGCUCCUCUUCCGCCUCAUGUUCGCCUCGGGCGUGGUGAAGCUCACCAGCCGCUGCCCCACCUGGUGGGGGCUCACAGCGCUGACGUACCACUACGAGAGCCAGUGCAUCCCCACGCCGGGCGCGUGGCUGGCGCACCAGCUGCCCGUGUGGCUGCACAAGCUCAGCGUGGUGGCCACCUACGUCAUCGAGGUGGCCGUGCCCGUGCUCUUCUUCGCGCCCCUGCGCCGCCUGCGCCUCUUCGCCUUCUACUGCCAGGUCCUGCUGCAGGUCCUCAUCAUCCUCACGGGCAACUACAACUUCUUCAACGCGCUGACCAUCGUGCUGGCCUUCUCCCUGCUGGACCAGGAGCACGUGGGGCGCUGGCUGGGCCGGCCCCGCAGGCGCCACGGCCCCGCGUGGCCCCCCAGCCUGGGCUCGGUGCUGGCCUGGCUGCUGGAGCUCAGCACCUACGGCCUGCUGCUCUACGGGACCGCGCGCUGCUUCGGCCUGCGCCUGGACUGGGACAGGAGGCUGCUGGACUCCCGAGUGGCCUUCACCUACCACGAGUUCACCACGUGGCUGCGCACGGUGACACUGCCGCUGGUGGGGGUGGCCUUCCUGUCCCUCAGCUGGGAGAUCCUCGUGGCCAUGUACCGCUGCGCCUGCGUCCGGGGAUGCUUCUGGAAGCUCUGGGCCACCCUGCAGUGGGCCAUCAUGGCCACGGCCACCGUGAGCCUGUUUGCUGUCAGCCUGGUGCCCUUCACGCACAUCGAGCACGAGUCCCAUGCCAAGCUGUGGCCGGGCAUCCAGCGCAUGUUCGGGGCCGUGGAGCGCUACCAGGUGGUGAACUCGUACGGGCUCUUCCGCAGGAUGACCGGCGUGGGCGGCCGGCCAGAGGUCAUCCUGGAGGGCAGCUACGACGGGCACCGCUGGACGGAGAUCGAGUUCAUGUACAAGCCCGGGAACGUGAGCGCGGCGCCGGCCGUGGUGGCCCCGCACCAGCCCCGCCUGGACUGGCAGCUGUGGUUCGCCGCGCUGGGGCCGCACCAGGGCAGCCCCUGGUUCAGCGCCCUGGUGCUGCGCCUGCUGCAGGGACAGCCCGACGUGAUCCGCCUGGUGCAGACCGAUGAGUCCCGGUACCCGUUCCACGGCCGCCCGCCCACCUUCCUGCGGGCCCAGCUCUACAAGUACUGGUUCACGGCCCCCAAUGAGGCCCCCAGCGAGGGCAGCCCGGGCCCGGCGCCGUGGUGGCGGCGGCAGCACGUGCAGGAGUUCUUCCCCGCCGUGUCCCUGGGAGACCCCAGGCUGGAGACCCUGCUCAGCCAGCACGGCCUCAAGGACCCUCCCGCGCCGCGGGCCCGCCCUGCCGCUGCCCUGCCGCGCCUGCUGUCGUGGCUGCGCCGCCUGUGCCGGCCCUUCCCGGGCCCCGCCGUGCUCUGGGCGCUCUACCUGGGGGCCGCCACCGCGGCGCUGCUGCCGGCGCUGGCACGGAGGGCGCGGGGGGCACCGGCACCGGGCCCCGGCCGGCACAAAGCGCCGCGGGAGCGGGGAGAGCGCAACGGCACCCGGGGCACCGAGGGGACGCGGGGCGCCGAGGGGACACGGGGCACCGAGGGCACACGGGGCACAGACGGGGCGCGGCCCGAGGGCCGGCACGCCAACAAGAGGAAGAAGUAGCCCCCGCAGCCCCCACCCCAAAACGGGGGGCAGUGAGGGAGCCCCCGGGUGGGGGGCAGCGCUUGUGGGACCCCAGCCCGGGGGGGCCCCGUGUGCCAGUGCCUUCAGCACGGGGGGUGGGGACACUACACGGGCCUUGGGGACACUGCCCACUGCCCGGGGAGCCCUUGGGGACCCCUCCCCAGUGUCCAGGGACUGCUGGGGACCCCUCUCUGCUACCUGGGGACCCCUCCCCAGGGUUCGGGGGCUGCCUGGGGAUGUGUCCCAGUGUCUGGGGACCCCUUCCUGGUGUCUGGGGACCCUUUGGGGACCCUGCCCCACUGCCCAGGAACCCCUUGGGGCCCUGGCCCCGCUGCCAGGGGACUGUGCCCCAAUGCCCAGGGACCCCCGGACCCCCCUCCCGGCCCCACACGGGGGGCUCAGCACAGGUCAGGGGCUCAGAGCGGGUGGGGGCUCUGUGCCCACGGGCUGGAGCAGUUUGGGCAGUGCCAGCCCUGCGGUUACCCUGCCCAGCCCUCAGGUCACUUUGGGGUCCCAUCCCACGGUUCUCCCGAGCCCAGAGGUUUCCUAUAAUUUUCUAAUUAAAGCCUUUGACAUUCCA